AAUGAAAUAGGAGUUGAAGCUAUAUUUCGAGAAAAACGCAUGAUUCGAAGAAAGAAACAAUUUGAUGAAGAUGGCAGUGAUGAGGUAACACAAUCAGCAGAAGAUUCUUUUAGAGUAAAUUAUUUCCUCUUCAUAAUUGAUCAGGCUCGUUCUUCACUUCAAACUAGAUUUGAACAAUUUCAAAAAUAUGGUUGCAUCUGCAGAAAGAAGUUUUUCCAAGUUGAAGUUGAUCAAGACUUAUCUUCGCUCAACUAUGUCACAAGACAGAUUGAAUGGAUUGGCUAUGUUGUCUAUUGA